AUGAAAAUAUUUUCAAACAAUGAAAGUCAAAGCAUCAUUUGGCUUUUAUUAUUCUUUACUUUAACCCUUGUCCACGCUUUACCAGAAUAUGGAUACAUCUUUGAAUUAUCGACCUCUUCAUCUUCCUUUGUUAAAAAACACCUUGACAACAAUAUAAAAUUACGCUAUUUGUAUGACUCUGAUAUAUUCAAUGGUGUCUCUCUUGAGUUUGCAUCAAAGGAUGCAGCCAACAGAUUCAUUCAGCAACAUCCAGACAUUGUUAACUUUUGGCCUAUCAUGUCACGUACUCAUAUCCAAGCAGCAAUUAAACAUGAACAAUUAUCCUCCUUUAUACCUCAGAAUAAGGACACUAUUCGACAACUGACAAAAGAAAAUUAUGCCUACAAAAGACUCAAACUGACAGGAUCUGGAAUCAAGGUAGGUAUUAUUGAUUCUGGUGUGGAUUAUACCCAUCCUGCCUUGGGCGGUUGCUUUGGAAAAGGAUGUAAGGUUGCCUAUGGUUACGAUCUCGUUGGAAACGACUUUAAUGGCACAAUACAAUCUAUUCACCCCGACGAUGACCCAUUGGAUGAUUGCCCUUCUAACUCAACUUCAGCCACAGGUCACGGGACUUUUGUUGCUGGCAUAAUUGCAGCAGAGGACAAAAAAUAUGAUUGGACAGGAGUUGCUCCAGGUGUAACAUUGGGAAUGUGGAGAGUUUAUUCCUGUAACUAUGCCAUAGUGCCUGACGAUAUUCUGAUCAAAGCGAUGGAUAUGGCUUAUAAGGCUGGUAUGGACGUCAUCAAUCUUUCGCUGGGUUCCUUUGGAGGCUGGGAAGAGACAGUCUUGUCACGAGUGGCUAGUAGCAUUGUUUCCAAAGGCGUACAUGUUAUUGCCGCCAAUGGUAAUAUUGGAUCUUCUGGUAUAUUCCUGCCUAGUUCUCCUGCAACAGGCAAAGAUGUCAUUUCUGUGGGAUCUAUCCAGAACGAGUAUGUCCCUGGAUACGUGUUAAAAGUGUACGCAAAGCAAACUCUAUCUAUCUCGUAUCGCACAUAUGUAAAUUCAGCUCUCAAGUUAAAUAAGAAACUGCCUAUUGCAUCUGCUAGUACCCAGUUCAACAAAAAACAGGAUGCAUGCAGGCCAUUGAAAGACAGCAACAGGUUUAGAGAUAGUAUACUCCUUAUUCAUCUGGGCGGCUGUAGCCCACUCGACCAAAUCAAGCAUGCAAAACAAGCAGGUGCUGAAGCUGUCAUUUUCUAUUCAGACACGGUCAAUGCUACGACUGAAGUUCAAGUACUGACAUCAUCAGUGCUUCCAUUAGCAUUUAUUAACAAUGACGAAGGUUAUCGUAUCUUUUCUGUACUUGACCAGGAAAAGAAAGUCAAAGCGCAAUUCACCAACACCCUUGUGGCCCUGUCUGCCCCCUCAAACGAUAUUCUUCACCAAAUGUCUGGAUUCUCUACUCUAGGGCCCACAAACGAACUCGAACUCAAACCAGAGAUCAUGGGAGUAGGUGGAAAUGUCUUUUCAACCUUUCCGCAGUACAAGAAAUCUUAUGGCUUUCUCUCUGGAUCUUCAAUGGCUGCACCUUUUGUGUCGGGACAAGUAGCCUUAUUACUAGAAAAGAAGAAGUUAUCACCCAAGGAGACUAAAAAUAUCUUGAUGAAUUUUGCUACUCAAGUAAGGCCACCGAUCUCCGACUUGCAGUAUGGUGAUUCUCCUAUUCGGCAAGGAGCAGGAGUGGUUGACGUUGCACAGGCCACGCGAGGACUUGGGCUCUUUCAUGCUUUACCAACGUACCUGAGCUUCAACGAUUCGGCCCACUUUAAGCAGCGUCAGACGAUUACGUUUUACAAUCAUGACCUGCACGCAUUGGUCAUCGAACUGAGCCAUCAGCCUUCUCUUACAGCCACAGGUUAUUCCGCUAAAAGUAAUGACACACCUUCUGAGCCCGUGGGUUUAUAUUCCAGAAACCAUUCUGUCUCAGCUAUUCAUUUUUCCAAGAGAACGCUGACCAUUCCUCCUGGCCAAUCUGCAAGCAUCACGGUGCAACUUGAACCGCCGACGGAUACGUUUUCGGAAUCGACACAUGCUAUCUAUGGUGGAUACAUCAUCGCAAGUGCCAAAGGAGGAAUUGAGGCAAGCGUUCCUUAUCUUGGCAUGAUUGGCAACAUGAAGGACUUGCCUAUUCUUGAUCAUCUCUCAGCUCAUAAUUCCUUUGGUUUUCCAUUCCCUGCCAUUGGUUAUCCUUCGGGUAAUGCAACUGUCGAGAAGGGUAAACUAGGCCACUUUACGUUACGGAAACAAGGAAAUCAAACCACGGGUGGACCGUUCGUUGUGGCUCGACUCUUGACAGGUACUCCUCUACUUCAGAUUCAAGUCAUCAAGAACAAUAAGGUGAUAGGUGAUGUCCCCUUUGAUGACAGUGUUGGCCCUCAUCGAACCUGGUUACAAAGAAAUACAUUAACAUUUACAGAGUCAUCAUAUCCAUACUAUUCCUGGCAGUGGAAUGGAAACUACAUUCCAAAGGAUGCAACCCUCAAAGAUACAAAUGAGCAUGAGAAAUCUCAAGUAAAGUCGGGCAUUUAUCAGUUAAAGAUAAGAGCCUUGAAGGUGUUUGGUGAUAAAAAGAAUAAGCAUGACUGGGAUGAAUGGAUCUCUCCUAAAUUUAUGCUCAAGGUUUAA